AUGAUCACAAUAAAAGUACCUUGCUCGUCAGCCAACAUUGGCCCUGGUUUCGAUGUGAUUGGCCUUGCACUCUCCAUCUGGCUCGAAAUACAGGUCUCGAUUGAUGCCACCACCAUAUCCCAAGCUCCUCUCGAUUGCAAAAUCACCUAUGAAGGUGAGGGUGCCGAUGAGGUCCCAUUGAGCGCAGACAGCAACUUAAUUACGCGGACGGCGCUUUACGUAUUGCGAUGUCAUGGCCAGCGAGCCUUUCCUUCUGAAACGAAAGUCCAUAUCAUAAAUCCAAUCCCACUCGGCAGAGGUCUGGGAUCUUCCGGGGCGGCUGUGGUAGCUGGCGUGGUUCUGGGCAAUGAAGUGGGAAAGUUGGGUCUCUCGAAGGCUCGGAUGCUGGACUAUUGCUUGAUGAUUGAACGACAUCCAGAUAAUGUGGCAGCAGCCUUGUAUGGCGGUUUUGUGGGUACCUACCUUAAUGACCUGAGUCCCGAAGACACCUCUCGCAAAGAAAUUCCCCUUAGUGAAGUGCUGCCCGAACCGGCAGGCGGCGUCGAUACUGGCUUUGCCCCACCAGAACCUCCCGUUGGAAUUGGGCAUUAUAUGAAGUUCCCCUGGGCGAAGGAAAUCAAAGCAAUAGCCAUCAUUCCUCAAUUCGAGGUCGCGACCGCCAAAGCCAGGAGUGUAUUGCCGAGCUCGUAUUCUCGGGCAGAUGUCGUUUUCAAUCUGCAGAGGAUAGCAUUAUUGCCAUCAGCGUUGGGAAGGAGUCCUCCGGAUGCUGAGCAGAUCUACCUUGCUAUGCAAGAUAAAGUACACCAGCCAUACAGAAAAGGUCUGAUCCCAGGUCUACCAGAGAUUCUACAAUCAGUGACACCGAAGUCCCAUCCAGGUCUCUGUGGAAUCUGCUUAUCGGGCGCCGGACCAACCAUUCUUGCAUUGGCAACUGAGAACUUCGAUAGUAUCGCCAAUGUUAUCCUGGCGAUGUUCGCGAAGAAGGAUAUCAAGUGCGAGUGGAAACUGCUGGAGCCAGCAGAGGACGGAACGACUGUCACUUACAGCUAG